AUGCUUUGGGCUAUGGCUCCUCACCGGUCUGCCGAAGCUGUUUUUGUCACGGACUGGAAGAACAUAGGAGGGUUGCCGACCAUGGGUGUUAGUGUCAUGGUAGGGCAGAUCUCGGCUAUCUAUGGUUGUCUGAGCUCUGAUGCUUGUGCCCACAUGUCUGAGGAAAUCAAAGAUGCUGGUCGGAAUGUUCCAGUCGCUAUGUACUGGGGCUACUUUUCGAACGGAAUCAUGGCUGCUAUUUUAUUAGUCGCCUAUCUCUUUGCUACCCCGUCAGUGGAAGACUCGUUAGAUGAUGCGUCAGGAUUCCCAUUGCUUUAUGUGUUCAAGCAGAUGACCUCUACCGCAGGAGUGAACGGUUUGACAGCGAUCAUCAUAUUACCCGUGAUAUUCAGCAAUAUCAUGUUUAAUGCAUCAACAUCACGGCAAACAUGGGCUUUCGCUCGGGAUAAGGGUCUUCCAUUUUCAAAGUGGAUAUCGAAAAUCGAUCCCAACCGCAUGAUCCCUGUUAAUGCUAUCAUAUUAUCAUGCGUCAUCAGUUGUCUUCUCUCCCUGAUCAAUAUUGGCUCCAGCACUGCCUUUAACGCCAUCAUUUCCUUGAACACGGCCGCACUGAUGUUUACUUAUCAGAUCUCCAUUUCGUGUGUCAUCUACAGAAAGAUCUGGUAUCCCGAAACUCUUCCUGCUCGUCGUUGGGAUCUGGGGCGCUUUGGCUUACCCAUCAAUAUAAUCGGGGUUCUAUAUUGCUUCUUCGCGAUGUUCUGGUCUUUUUGGCCAACAGAACUACCCAUCACAGCCGAGAACUUCAACUGGAGUGUUGUGAUCUUCGUUGCAAUCUUUAUCCUCAGUCUCGUGAUGUAUGUUCUAAAAGGAAGAAAGGUGUACGAGGGACCAGUGGUGGAAGUCAAGAGGAGUUGA